UUCGUCUCCUCCGCUGACGAACCUUUUGGGCCAAUCACAUCCGUUCAGCGCCAUGGACGGGUCACAAAGCACAUCCCAUGGACUGCGUUUGCACUCAAGACAUCGGACUGGGAGCGCGUGAACGAUACACGAAUCAUAAUCUCAGAUGCUAAUGAUAUUCAACAAUACUUCUCCUCUGAACAACAACCAACACUAUGGCACGCGAUACCUGCUAUGGAGGAGCUACAGAUGGCUUGGGAAUCAAAGAGGGAGAAUUUGCAGUUCGCGCUGUACAAGGAGGCUAUCGAGCAGGGUCUCGCGAAGAUUGGAAAGUAUUAUGGCAAAUUUGACAACAAACCAGUCUACAUUCUUGCGCUUGUACUACACCCAUACUACAAACUCGCGUAUAUCGCUAUGGCAUGGGGCGGUCCUGAAGAACAGGCAAAGGAACGAGACACUGGCAAUCCAAACACCAAGAAUUGGCACGACGAAGCACUCAAGGUAGUCGAAACAACUAUGGAGGAGUAUUGGAUC